CUCGUCUUUGUUCGGGCAUCUUCGGGAGCCGUCGCCGGCGCAACGCAUGGUGCGGGGCGCGGUGAAGUGGGGGCGGUAAUUCAAUUCGCUCAGCAAUCUUGCGACGGACGGCCGCGCCCGUCCGCUUAAAUUCAGUGAUAUUCAACACCUAUGUAUCACACUUAAUCAUCAUUAUACGUGCAUGUACUGGACUACGAGUGUCAUUUAACUCACCUCAUCCACGACCCCAAGAUAUUCUGUCCACCCCUACAUGCGUGGACAUGUGGCGACCGUGAAAUAUCUUCGAAUCUAAAUCAAACGGUCAUGAGGCGACUGUUGGAGUUCGUGCGACUGUAAUGGCGGCGGUCAAGAAAUAACGGACAUCGAGAACAAAGAGAUGGGAAUUACUGCUGUGGCGCUUUGGAUUCUACAACACUACAAGUUGGAAAGAACAUCGAAAGUCAAUGCCGAUAUAAAUGUACUCGUCGCUGCGCGCUGUGACUGGGGGCCUGUUGCUAAGCGGUUUCUGGGCUGUUCGCGAGUACGAGUGCCGCGGAGCCGGGUUCGCCUGACGCGGUCGGUGCUGCUGGCGGGUUCGGCGGCAGCGGGUGCUGGACUGACGGCUGGAUCGUGUUACUGGUUUGAUUGCACCAUUUUAUUUACUUAGCUCAUUGUUUAUUUUAAAAAAUGACUGAAGAAUUAAUUAAAAAAUUAAAUAGAAGGCGCGGUGGGCUUAAAAGUCAAUUGACGGUUUUUAAAGACUUUGUAAAAACUAUACAAGGGUCCGAGCUCUCGUCUUUAGUAGUAAAAGAGCUGAGUUUGCGAUUAGAUGGACUUCGUAAAAUAAUGGUUGAUUAUGAUGCCGUACAAGUUCAACUUGAAGAUAUUUGCUCUAAUUUAGAUGAACAAAUAGCAGAACGGACCCAGACCGAAAGUCUUUUUUAUUCACAAAUUGCGUUAGCGCAGGAUAUAAUUGAUACGUUUUCGGCCAAAAAUGGUGGCGGUAAUGACUCAACUAAAUUUAGUUCUUGUGAUGAAAAACAUGCGUCAGUUCGCCUACCAGUAAUAAAUUUGCCGACGUUCGAUGGAACUUACACACGUUGGUUGGAGUUUAAGGAUUUAUUUGAGUCAUUAAUCAAUAAUAACGAAUCAAUUGCGCCGAUAAAUAAAUUCCACUAUUUACGGAAUUCAUUGCAAGGAAGUGCUAGUUUAGUAAUAAGGUCAAUUGAUUUUUCUGCCAGCGGAUACGAGCUUGCGUGGAACACAUUGUGUGAAAGAUAUAAUAAUAAAAAUAUUUUAAUAAAUAAUCAUUUGAGCGCGAUCAUAAAUAUUAAUCCUAUACAUAAGGAAUCGUUUAAGUCUUUAAGGUAUUUAAUAGAUACUGUAUCUAAAAAUUUAAAUUCUUUGGAUACGUUAGGUAUUUCAACUCAGGGUUGGGACCCAUUAGUAAUAUUUUUGGUCUCGGCGAAGUUAGAUCCCAAAACAAAUGGAAAGUGGGAGGAGUAUAAAGGCAGUUUUUCACGCCUACCCUCAAGUGAAUUAAAUAAAAAUUCUUCCGAAGUACCUACUUUAGAACAUUUUAAGGAGUUUUUACGUAAUCGGGCUAAUGUUUUAGAAACGAUGUUUUGCAGUCGGUCAAAUGAAAUUAAACCUGUUUUUAAGGAAAACAAGAAUACUAAGUCUUUUGUUGCAGCUGGCGAGGGACCACGAAUUAAUUCGUGUUUAGUAUGUGGGCAGAACCACCAUGUUUACCAGUGCUCCAAGUUUAAAUCUAUGAGUCUGGAGGACAGGCUCGUGGAGGUUUCAAAACAUAAACUUUGUAACAAUUGUCUUCGAGCGGGACAUGAUGGUUCUCAAUGCACUUUAAAGGGUUCCUGUCGUAAUUGUAAGAAAAAACACAAUUCACUUUUACACUGCGAAAGUGUCAGUAAUAAUAGUAAUAAGGUUGCAACUAUCGACACUGCAAAACGUAUAAACUCUUCCGUUAACAUGUCAACUGCAGAUGAUGACGAGUCGGGUCAAGUUAUGUUGUGCACGGCUCAGGUCGAAGUAUAUUGUCCUAAGAGUAAUACUACUCAUCUCGCUCGCGCGCUCUUAGACAAUGCUAGUCAGUCGUCUUUCAUCUCUGAGAGUUUUAAGAAAAAGUUAAAUCUACCCACAAAUAAAAUUGAACCAUUUGAUAUCACUGGGAUCAAUAAACAAAAAACGGAGAUAUCCGAACGUAUCCAACUAAAGGUUAGGUCUCGCGUUAAUUCGUAUGAAUUAGAUGCUAAUUGUUGGGUGAUCCCCACAAUUGCAGAUGAUCUUCCCUAUGUAGCAAUUGAUGUUGAAAAAUUGGAUUUGCCCCAUGUUGAGUUAGCCGAUCCGUAA